AUGGGCCCCUGUACCGCCUCCUCAUGCUGCUGCCAGGCCCGUAAUCUGCCAUGGGCCCCCGUACCGACUCCUCAUGCUGCUGCCAGGCCCGUAAUCUGUCAUGGGCCCCUGUACCGCCUCCUCAUGCUGCUGCCAGGUCCAGAGUGUGUCAUGGGUCCCUGUACGGCCUCCCAUUGCUGCUGCCAGGCCCGUAAUCUGCCAUGGGCCCCCGUACCAACUCCUCAUGCUGCUGCCAGGCCCGUAAUCUGUCAUGGGCCCCUGUACCGCCUCCUCAUGCUGCUGCCAGGUCCAGAGUGUGUCAUGGGUCCCUGUACGGCCUCCCAUUGCUGCUGCCAGGCCCGUAAUCUGCCAUGGGCCCCCGUACCGACUCCUCAUGCU